AUGGCUGCUUUGAAUCUGCUAGUUGAACAAGUCCUGCCCGCUAAUAUCAGCUUGAUACUACUCAUUGGUGUCUCUAUCUAUGCUUGUAGCGUUUUUACUAUUCGCCUUUACUUCCAUCCCCUCAGCAAAUUCCCCGGACCACGGAUUGCUGCUGCGACCAGUUGGUACGAAUUUUAUAAAGAUGUCAUCCUGAGUGGACAGUACUCCAAAUCAUUUCCAUCGCUACAUGCAAAAUAUGGUCUGACACUGCUGAAGAAAAUGACCAUCAUACUCUAUCUUACUCUUUAUGCUCACUACUACACAGGCUCUGUCGUCCGUAUUCAUCCCAAUGAACUUCACAUCAACGACAGGGACUUUUUCAAUAGGGUAUUCAAAAAUGGAACGGACUUUUACAAGGAUCCCACCUUCUUUGGCAGUAUUGGUUUCAAUGACUCCAUUGCCUUUCUCACCGAUCCUCACGAAUACAAGCUCCGUUAUGAUAUUGUGAAAGCCCCCUUUGCAAAAAGACAUGUCGAUCUUCUGGCCCCCGAGCUUGAAAUGAUCGUGACCAAAGCUAUCAAUCAAGCAAAGAUCGCAGCGGAGACGCAGUGCCCGCUAAACAUUCAACAGCUCUACCGUUGUGUCACGGCCGAUUCCAUAAUGGUAUUGCUGUAUGGAAGAUCUUUGAACCUGGUGAUGUCGGGAACAGCCUGCCCGCCGUUCCUUUCCAGCAUAGAUAUGUUUGCGGAUCGAUUCCAUCUGUUCAGAAGCUUUCCUAUCCUUGCCCGGAUUGCCCUUAACCUCCCUCCCAGACUGACGGACAUAGUCGCGCCGGGCUACAUGGACUUCAGACAGCGGUGUUUGGAGUGGAUGAGAGAUAUUUCUACAAAUCUUGCCACAAGUGAACAAAAAGAAGGUAAUACCCGAAUGACGGUUUUCAGUUCGCUUCUUCAAGCCGAAAAAGACUCUCCAUCACGGUCUAUGGAUGGGCUUGUCAAUGAAGCAUAUUUCUUUUGCUUUGCUGGGACCGAUUCUACAAGUUACGCGCUAUCCUGCGCAACUUAUUACCUGCUAACGCACCCAAAUUCUGCAAAGAAGUUGAGAGAAGAGCUCGAGAGCCAGCCUGUGAACGCAGAUGGGAUUAUCGAAUACCAAUAUCUACGCAACCUACCGUAUCUGACCGCCGUGAUCAAGGAGUCACUUAGGCUGUCCUCUCCAGCUCCUUCCAGACUUCCGCGCAUUGUUCCCAAAGGUGGAAUUGAAGUUGAUAGCCAGUUAAUACCACCAGGAACAGCAGUCUCAAUGUCGACAAGGAUGAUCCACUUUGAUCCAGACAUCUUCCCCAAGCCCGACGAAUUUAAUCCUGAGAGAUGGAUUGGCGAAAGCGGAAAAAUACUGGAUAAAUGGAAUGUUGCAUUUUCCAAGGGAACACGCUCAUGCAUUGGCAUCAAACUCAGGUUGAAUUAUACCAGACAGACAAAGAAACUAUGGAGUGGAGUGACCACGGAGUGGCAAGAAAUGCGAAAGAUGUCCACGUAUCGGUGA